ACUUGGAAGAAUAUUAAUAAGCAGCCCACUUCUUCAGACUGCAACAUAUUCCUUUAAUUAACUCUCUCCCUUCUCUAUCUCUCUCUUUCAUUCUUUAAUGGAAAAACAAAUCAACCUAGAGAGUAGUGCUACUACUCAUCAUCACGACAACAAUGGUUCCGUUAUAACGAUCUCGUCAUCCUCAGCUGUAACGUCUUCGUCGGAAUCUUGGACGACUUCCUCCAAAAGAUCGUUGGUGCAAGACAAUGACGCCGGAGGAAAAAGGCGGAAGAGCAACGUCAGCGAUGAUAACAAGAAUCCGACUUCGUAUAGAGGAGUGAGGAUGAGGAGUUGGGGAAAAUGGGUGUCGGAGAUAAGAGAGCCGAGGAAGAAAUCGAGAAUAUGGCUCGGCACCUAUCCAACGGCUGAGAUGGCAGCUCGAGCUCAUGACGUCGCGUCUUUAGCUAUCAAAGGCAACUCCGGUUAUCUCAAUUUCCCUGAAUUAUCCGGUUUGCUUCCUCGUCCGGUUAGUUGCUCUCCCAAAGAUAUACAAGCUGCAGCUACCAAAGCCGCCGAAACAACCACGUGGCAAGAACCGGCUAUCGAUGAUGAGAAAUUACCCGAGCCGGAAGCUGAUGAGCUAAGCCAUUCUGAGUUGUUGUCUACUAUUACUACUACGACAGCUGAUCAGUCUUCAACUUCGAGUAGUUUCGUGUUUUCUUCGGACACGUCAGAGACUUCUAGUACGGACAAAGAAAGCAACGAAGAGACCGUGUUUGAUUUGCCGGACCUUUUCACGGACGGCCUGAUGGACCGAAACGAUGCGUUUUGUUUAUGCAACGGCACUUUUACAUGGCAGCUUUACGGAGAUGAUGUGGGUCUCCGGUUUGAAGAAGAGCCGUUCAUAUGGCAAAAUGACUAAACCACCAUCCAACUUGCUUACUAACAUAUCAAUAGUUUUCUUGAUAAAGAAAUUAUAUAUAUAUAUAGUUCCAAUGUGGUGGUAUUCAACUAAUCUUUUUGUUUUUCUUUUAUGGUUUCUGCAUUUGAGUAUGUUAUUAUCACUCUGAAAAAAUUGAGUUCGUUUUCAAUAUUUACUAUGUUUCGA